AACCCUGAAAGUGUGCGCAUGGCUGAUGAGAUUCGUUCGAAAUGCAAGAAAUCCCAAAACGAGCAGAACAGCGGGACCAAUCACAGCGCGGGAGAUUGCAGAGCAGAGACAAUUCUGGAUACGGAGAGUCCAGAACAACUAUCCGGAACGAGUGGAAGAAGAUCGUUUGAAGCUGAACUUACAAACAAAUAAAGACGGAGUACUAGAGUGUAGAGGUCGAUUGCAAGUCCAUUAUCCAGUGUAUAUCCCGGACACAUCGAUUUACGCUGAGAAACUUGUCGAACAUGCCCACAAGAACACUCUACACGGGGGAGUGGGUCUUACAAUGACAAAGAUACGAGAACAGCAUUGGAUCCCUCGUCUAAGACGACUCGUGAAGCGUCUUAUCAACCGUUGUGCAGGAUGCAAACGCUUCCAAGCAGUGGCCAUGGCAAGUCCUCCGCCAGGACUGUUGCCAAGAAGUCGAACCAUUUCCUUCUCAAAAGUCCCUCGUGAUUUUAACCCGAUACUUAUUAACAAUAAAAGUAUUAGAGUCGUAAAAUCCGUUAAACUUCUGGGCUUGUCAUUCGAUAAUAACCUGACGUGGAAUCUACAUAUCGAAGAGGUAGUUAAAAAAGUAUCCAAACGAAUCUAUUACCUGAUCCAACUCAAACGGGCCAGUAUUCCUUGGAAUGAUCUGGUUCUAUUUUAUGUUACAUGUAUUCGAUCUGUUAUCGACUAUGGUAUCCCUGUCAUUUACUAUUCGUUGCCAAAAUACUUGCAUUCCGAAUUGGAAAGAUUACAAAAAAGAGCUAUUAGAAUCAUCUGUCCAAACACUAAUUACGAAGACGCUUUAAUUAGUUGUGGAUUGGAGUCACUGUCUGUUCAUCAUGAAAAUAUUUGUACUAGUUUAUUUCAAACAGUAGUUGCUGAUGAAAAUCAUAAGUUACGAAGUUUACUGCCACCUAUACAUACUUCUUUUUAUGAUUUAAGAAACGAUAGGAAAUUUGAAAUUCGUAGAUGUAACACUAAUCGUUUUCAAACUAGUUUUUUUGUGGCUUCGUGCCGCAAAUCAUGUAUCUAAUGCUAUUGAAAUGACCUAAUAUUUUUAAUAAUUUUAAAUUUUUUAGUAUAUUAAAGUAAUAAACAUCUUGUAUACAUAAUAUUUAUAUGGAAUGUCAUCAUAUUGGCUUGAUAAACUCUUCUUUUAUAUUCUCGUAAUUAGUUAAAUUUACUUGUAAAAAAAAUACGCAAUUCAGCCUAUGGCUGCGAAGUAUUUUAUUAAAUCUAUCUAUCUAUCUAUCUAUCUCAGAAGGGAUAACACCCUUUGAGGUAAUUGGCGUCGAUUACGCUGGACCGCUGAUGUACAAAGCAAAGAACAAGAAGGAACGAAAAGCAUAUAUACUGCUCUACACAUGCAGUCUCACUAGAGCGGUCUACUUAGAGCUGUUGCCAACCUUGGAGAUGGAUGUUUUUAUAAGGAGCUUCAAGAAAUUCGUCGCGAGAAAGGGCAGACCUACAAAGGUAUACUCGGACAAUGGGAGUACAUUUGUUGGCGCUGCUAACUGGUUACGCAAGGUCAUGAAAGACGAGAAGUUCAGUGAUUUCCUCGCCAAGAAUAAUAUACAGUGGCAAUUCAACCUAAGCCGCGCCCCUUGGUGGGGCGGGCAGUUUGAACGCCUAGUUGGGUUGGUCAAGCGAGCUCUUUACAAGUCGAUAGGACGGGGCGGACUCUUUUGGGAAGAACUAGAGGAA